AUGAAACUUCUUCUCGCCGUCACCGCCUUUGUCCUAUGUGCUCAACUCGCGGUGUCUAUUCCUGAAGACGUCCAACAAGUCGUUGUCGAUUACAUGAACAGACAUAGAGAGAGUUUUGCAGUAUCUCUACCAGCUGCCAACAUGAAUGCGAUUGUCUACAAUGCAUCUCUCGAAAAGAGAACCACCACUUGUGCGGUUGCAGAGCACGCUGCAAAAAACGAUCGUGGAAUUUUCUUUGAAUCACUAGCUCUAGAUAAAGGAAUUGACAGCGGAGGGGAUAUUGAUCCGAGAACCGCUGAACAAAUCAUGGAUCCAAAUACCAAAGGUAGCGAAGUUGUCCACGUGAGACAAUUACUGCAACCUUCUUUUGAUGGGAUGGGAUGUGUCAUGUUGAGAAGACCAUGUCUCCUUCGUAGUGAUAGACCUGUAGAUCCGAAACACGGAGAGAAUUUUGCAGUAAAAGUUACAGCAAUAUGCUACUUUGGAGGACCUGAAAUCAGAAAACCACUGGAGGGAUUGAAGAGAGGAGAACCAGGGAGCCAUUGUCCGAAUGGAAAGUCUGAGAUAAGCGACUACAUGUGCAAAGCGUGA